AUGCUGCCGCCUUCAGACAGUGAAGACGAGGACAGCGAGUCCAGCGGCGGCGAGGAGGAGAAGCCCAAGGUGGCGAUGGUCCAGAACCCCAAGGCCGGGCAGAUGCCAACAGACUCUGAGGAGGAUAGCGAGGAGGAGAGCAGCAGCGAGGAGGAGGCGAUUCCGCAGCGGCCCGCGCCCGCGGCGGUGCCGCGGCGCAAGAAGGGCGAGGAGGAGCUGGAUCCAGAGCAGAUGCGCCUGGACAUGGAGCGGCUGGCGCUGAUCAGGAAGAAGCGGGAGGAGGACCGGCUGAAGCGCAUCGCGGAGGAGGGCUUCGACCGCUUUGCCCCGCCAGGGUCUGAGGGCACCGGCCGGCCGCUGCCCAAAGACCACCCGUCUGUGAAGAGUAACGAGUAG